AUGGUGUUCAAUAUGUUAAUAGUGAAAUCAAAUCUGCUUAUGCCCAUCCGUAAUGAAACGCAACGUAUGUUGCGACCUCAGCGUAUGCGCCAAGGCACUGAUGGAAAAGUACUGGAGAAAAAUGCCUGUCUGCGCUGCCAAGGUGAGAGUAAGAAGGAUUCAUACGGCAAACAAGAUUGCGUCGUGGUUUGGGGAGAAUGUAACCACAGCUUCCAUUUCUGCUGCAUGUCCUUGUGGGUGAAACAGAACAACCGCUGCCCACUCUGCCAGCAAGAGUGGUCCAUACAGCGCAUGGGCAAAUAAUAUACCUGAUCAAAAAAUACGAAGAAUGUACUACAUCUUAGAUGUCUUCUUAUAAUAAACACUGCAAUCUCAAAA